CCACACUCUCUCACGCACAUCCCUUCAAAGCAGGAAAACUCCGUUUUCCAAACGCAAAAGCGCCGUGUUUUCCAACGGUGCUGUCAUUCGUGUCGGUUCGGUCGGUGCCGCUGCCUUGCGUCUCCAUUGGCGUACGCGACCACGCGCGCGCGCUACUCUGUGUGUGUAUAUGUGUGUGCAUGUGUAUGUGUACAGUGGAAAAAGUGCAAUUCUGGGUGGGUGGAGUGGCAAACAAACAGCGGAGAAAGAAAAUAAAGAAAUUACCACUUUCAACCGUUGGUGCCAGAAGGGUCGUAUAGUUUCGUAGCACCGUGCCCAUUGCCCUUUGCCCUUUUGCUACAGCUGUGCGUCCAGUGGCGAUAGGGAGACACGGAAAUGCAAACGAAGUUACACCGUUUCGCACAAAAUUCGUAUAUAUAUAAAAAGAAAACACCCUGAAAGUAUUAAUCGCAGCUUCGGUUCGGUAAAAAAUCAUCGCAACUGCCCCAACACAACCUGCCCGCUCCCGACAAUUGUGUUGCGCAAAACAUUGUUGCGGGUUACGGCUUAUCUUCCGUCGGCCAUCGUGCCGCCUGAGGAGAGUGUUUUUUUGCGUGUGUUAUUUGUCUGUUUGAGUUCGAGUUCGCUCGCGUGUAAAUGUGUGCUUAUGUGGCUUUGUGUGGAGUGUAGAAAGUUUGGUGCAAUUUUCUAAAGGGCGUAAUGCAAAUACAGUGCUGUGCCGAACGUGUCCGUGUUGUGCUUCCCGUGCAUUAAGCAACCUCCUCCGCAUAGUGGUGGCCGCAGGGGUGGCUGGCUGCCGUACGUAACGGCGUAAAUCAAACGUACCCCCGCGUACAGCCUGCGGCCCAACAUGUCGUCCAACAGUGAGCAGAACUGCGAGGUGCAGCUCGCGGCCGAGAUCGAGGUGCUGAAGAGUGCGCUGGCGGACAAGCACACGCAGCUGCUGGCGAUGGAAAGUGCCUGCCUGCAGGAGAGCGACCGGCAGGUCGAGCUGGAGGACAGCAUCAUCGCCUGGCAGGACAAGUACGAGCGGCUGUACGAGUCGCACAAGCGCGUCCAGAAGCUGAACCAAAACCUGGAGGACAAGCUGCUGAAGCUGGUCGACCGGAACUCGAGCGAGCGGGCCCAGCUGACGAGCGACGUCGCGACGCUGAGCGUACGGCUGGCGCAGGCCAACUACAACAUCCAGAGCCUCAAGCGAGAGAUUGAACGAUACAAAACCGACAUCAGUGUGGCGAUACAGUUGCUGCAGUGCAAGCCGGACAGCUUUGUAUCGCCGAAACUUUCCUCGCUUCCGAUCGAAAUUCAGUCCAAGGUGGCCACGUACAUGCGCCUCGACACGAACUCACACUCCGACUCGGAGGGCAGCACGAGCGGCGUCGGGAUGGCCACCACCAACUCGUACCACGUGCUGCCAGCCUCCGACAGUCCACCCCCACUCUGUCCCUUCCCUCCGACCGCCAUGGUCUAUUCGAUGCGAGGGCUUGGUAAGUACGGUGGCAGUCAGGACGGACAGCUGCCGGGUGGCAAGCAGUCGAACCACGGUCAGCGUGAGCAGUCCGGCCAGCAGCAGCAACAGGAAGCCCCACUGGUCGUGCCGCUCGGCACGACGCCCGCUGUCCCCGGCACGACCGACAGCCUGCUCGGCGACGGCCAGAACGUCGUGUCGCCGUCCGUGAUGGCCAAGUUCCUCGAAGACGAGCUGAAGUCGAGCGACGCGCUGCUCGGCACACCGAUCAAACACUGUGAUACGUGCGUGUGCCCUCAGGGCGGUGGCGGUGCGGUCGAGUCGGCGCGCCUGCACGCGUCCGGCUCGCUGCUGCUGGCCGACCUGCUCGGCAGCGACCAGAAGUACUACAGCGUGGCGACGCAGACGCUCGUGCGCGGGGACCACGCGAAUGGCACCAACACGCUGCUCUGUCUGCGGUGCAGCAGCAACCUGAACUCGCCGUCCCACCACAACAGCCCGUACAUGCUGAAGCUGAUCAAGUCGAGCGACAGCGUCAUCUCGGAGACGAAGAGCAGCGUCUCGGACUACCUGACCACCCCGGACAAGGUUUCGCCGACGACGGCGGUCCGGCCGGGCGGGUCGGCGAACGGGGCCGCCUGUGGUGACAUUGGCACGGGCGGGGAGGGAAGCGAUACGUCCGAUCCGCUCGCACUGCUGGUGGUGCCGACCAAGAAGGACGACCUGAUGGUUAAUCCCAUCCUGGGGCACCAUCGGCUUGCGGUGGAACGGUCCGCCUCGCUCUCAGCGAACCAGACCGACCAGCAUCAUCUUCAGCAGCAGCAGCAGCAGCAGCAGCAGCAACACAACAAGCUUGCUGCUGGGAAAGUGCCGACGACCACACAGCAGCACACAAAGAAGCUGCCCGGGGAUACUGCCUUCAAGCAGAGUAAGCCACCGGUUUGCGGUGGCAGUGCCGGUGCUGGACAAAUGACACCGCAGCUUAGUCGAGCCGAUCCGACGGCAUCGAAGCUUGCGCACGAUUCGCCCUCGUACAUUAUUAAGGACACGGAUCAGAUGAGCGGCAGCCACGCGACGCCAAUCUCCUCGUCCACCGGGAAUGGUGGUGUGCCGGGACCGUCGGGCAAGUACGGCACGUCCGCCAGUGGCAGUGUGGGCAGCGGGCUGUACCAUACGGUCGGCAGCACCAACAGCCUGUGGAGCAGGACGAGCAGCAAGGAUCCGGAGAAGGACGGUGCGAAGAUGUUCGAGAUCUUUAAUCGCAAUCUCAUCAAAACCAUCAAGGCUGAAAAUCCCAAGAUGUCCGGUCCGCGUAUCUGUGCGCUGCGAAUACAGAACGGUUCGAGCAACAUCCUACUGGACAAUCUCGUCGACGAUGGACUCGAAGGGCUAGACUCGAAGCCACCGACCCCGGUCAUGUACACGCGCCGUGCCAAGUUCCUCGACGAGGAGCUGCUGCUGGACGACGAUCCAUCGAUCGGGCUGAACGGUGCGAUCAAAACCACCAACCUGCCGACGGCAACGUCUUCCGGCGAAUCCAUUUCAUCGCCCGCGGGCUACACCAAACCCAUGACCACGCCGGUCAAAUCCUCCCUGGCAACCGGUGGUGCGCUCGGUCCUGCCGGAGACGGUGGACCGGAUGGGCACGGAAGCCUCAUCAGCGGAACGAUUAACCGUGUCGAUGAGGGUGGCGGUGGAGAAGCUGUCAGGGGUCAUGAGGAUGCGGGCGGUGGUAGCAAGCAGGUGUGCAAUAUGAGCACCACCACCUCACCCCACUCCUCCGACCGGCUGUGUACGAUCGGGGAGGAGGUGAGCAAUUUGCUGAUCAACACCAAGCUCGGUGCGGCCGCGCUGCCCAAACCGCGCCUCGACAUCAACGUCAACAAGCUGGAGGGUAUCGACGUGACGUCGAAGAAGUCCUGCACCCAGUCCAGCUCCAUCUCGAGCGAAAUCGACCUGCAGGAGAGUGCGAUACUGCGCCGCCAGCAGCUGUCCCGGGUCGCCGAGUGGGUGCAGAACAACUCGAAGCUCGGCAAUGCGGCGGAACCGCUCAGCAACACCGAGUCGGACAACGAGCCGACGGCCGGUGGUGCGCUGACGGCGGACAGCUUGAACAACAAUGCUACCGCGCCCGGCAUACCGCCGAAGGCUUCCCGUCCAACCGUGCCGUCCACCGGUGGUAAGCCGGCGGGCUGCGAGGCGAAACCGUCGAUGGGCCGGCUGGGGCACCCGUACGGUCCCGCCGGUACCGGUAGCAGUCUGCUCAAUGGUAACUACGCGAGCGCCGCCACCUUUGGCGGUGGCAUGAACGCCCCCAAGCCGGACCGGGGCAUGACCGCUGGCGCGAAGCACGGGUACUGCAACAAUCUCAACAGCAGCAGCACCCUUCCGAACGGUACGGCCGCACCGUCCGGCAUGCUGGACUACAACAGCAAUGCGACGACGGUCGCACCCGGUCCCACCAGUGCUGCGCUCGGUGCCAUCCGGAAGGGCAGCACCGUGACGGUGCUGCGGGACAGUGCGCUCACCGGACAGUGCCUCGCGGGUGACGAUCGCCGGCUGGCGCCCCUGCCCGACCCGGACCCGCACCAUCCGGACGGCAACGACGACGACGACGACAGCAGCAGCGUCGAUCUCGCCCAGAUGGAGUACAACGUGAAACAGUUUCUGCUGAAGCAGAACGAAUGGUCCACGGUGCGGCGCCAGUCGCUCAUCUCGUCCUCUGCCUCCAGCGUGAAGGGCCGGGGCGGCGACGAACCCGUCCGGCCGGUGCGCGACCCAUGCACCAAGGGCUUGUUUCCCGGGAUGGCGGUAGCGCAGCAGACGCAAGCACCGUACCAGCACCAUUCUGGCACUGGUGGCGCGGGGGGUAACAACAUGUACGGCAACAGUCACAAGUACCCGAUCAAUCCACACCGGACGGAAACGAAUCUGUAAAGACAAAAAAAAAAAAACAGCAACUCCUGUAACAGGGGGGAAACUACACACGCUCGCACAAACAUGCUGGCCCGGCCAGGAAGACAGGUGUCCGGAAAGAGGGGCGAAGCGAGGGGUGGCGGAAACCAGAGCUUCGGAUUAGUUAAUGGAUACAUAUACCGAACGUUGCUUACAAAAUAAAACAUUGUUGAACGCGUAGUCGCAUAGGUAUGUAACUCGUAGUGAAGAUAGGCCACACCACUCACACACAGACACUUAGGCAAAAGGGCACACGCGCCAAGAUCGAAGCACAAAAGGGGGGGAAGGUGACCCCGCAGCAGGUAGGGCUUAUCAUUGAUAAAGUUUUGGGUUUAAAGUGCAACGGUGCACGUGCAAUCGUGUGUUGAGGGAGAGAAUGAGAGAGAAGGAGAAAAAAAGGAAGCGAGAAAGGGAAUCAAAGUGCUCAUUUAUGUUUAGAGUUAAUUGCCAAACAUUCGCUGUAGUAGUAAAACGUCCAAAACCAAAAAAUCCAAUAUAUUAUAUACAAAUAGCCAGUGCGCUUUGCCAAAAUCGGCGCCAUGGGGGAAAAGGGGAAGCCUGGGAGGGGAAAAGGUUAAGAAAUAAUUCCAAUAAUUUAGUCUAGGGUUUAUUUUUCUUGCUGAGUAUGGGUGAGUAGCUUGUUUUGCUUAGGACGCCGCACAAGCACGCUUAACCGGUUAAGCGUAGUAUGUAAAUGUGUUUAGUUUUAUUAUUCGAAUAGUGUAACCGCCUCAUUCCAUAUAGUUUUCUACAUUCUGUGGACGUCGCAACCCACGUGGAACAUGCUUCUGUACCAGCGGGAGUGUCCAAAAUCAGUUAAUAAUCAAAAAAAGUAAUGAAACCAAACCAACCAUACCAGAACUGCUAGUGAUAGAGAGCAAAAAGAAGAGAAAAAACAGCAUUAAUGUGGGCGGGAAAAAAGAGGGAAUAUAGAAUAAUCAAUCAACUUUAUAAUGCAUUACCAACCCAACCCCAAAACCACCCAACGAGCUGAGAGUUCCUUCGGCAAAGCGCGACCAGUGGGUAGAGAUUAAACGGUAGUAUCGGAUAAAUCAAGAAGCGAAGUGUACAUGUAUUGUCUGUUUGUAGUAUAAGCAAUGGCUAAAAUAAGGGCGGAGAUGGAUGUAAGAAAGGUGGCCGAGUGCGUGUCGUAUUUUUUUUUAUUUCGCCAGCAGUGCUGUACUGUUGACACUGCAACACAUGUAACCAUGCCUUUUUUCCCUCCCCCGUUGAUUGAUAGUGUGGAAAGCGAGAAGGAUACAGAACGGAGCAGGAUAUUUACUCCCACUAUACAUAUUAACUAUAUAUAUAUAUACAUAUAUAAGCGCGGGCAUCGGGCAGGAGUAGCACACGCUCCCCUUAUACUUCUCCCUCACACAAAAAAACCCCCUCUUCUUCCUUUGAGCAUAUGGAAAAGCAAACCUAUACACCAGACAGCGUACUAUAACAAUUAUAUGCCAACCGUUGCGUGAUGAAACAACAAUAACAAACAAAUGACGUUCGUGGCUUGGGCUUAGAAUCUUCCGUAGAGCGAAAAGGGCGCAGUGGAGUUAGUAAAGAAACAGAGCUCCAACAUAAGGCAUCAAAAGCAAAUGCAGAAGCAAAAGCCUGUAUCCUGUGCGUCGUGAUAAUAUGUAUAUCUGCAGCAACAGUUCGAAACCAAAAAACAAAAAAACAAAAACAAAAACAAAAAAGCAUAACACAGACACAGAUAAAUUACAACAUUUUCGCUUACAUGCGUUAACAUUCAUAUCUAACCGCAUUUAUCGCAACGCGCAAGCGCUAUAUGAAGUGAUGCGCAAUGUGCGCGAUCGCUCAUGGAUCGUUAAGUGCAUGUUUUCGCCCUUACUUACUACCAAAAAGCAAAGCGAAAUUUCGCCCCAAGGCUCUCAUUUGUUCGAUGAUGUGAAACACCCAUGCCGCGCGACAAAGAAUAUACUCCUUUAGAUGGCUUCAUGUGAUAUACACCCGUAUGUAAACAAACUUAACUAUUAUAUCAUCCCCCUUCUUCCCAUCCCACUUUUUCCCCUCCCUCCCUCCAUCCCAUUGACCAACCAUAUAAUCAUCGCACAAUAUAAAAUGCCUGCCUUUGCUAAAGCUUGCCUUCCGUUCUACGUUAUCCUUUCUUCCCCGUGUUUCCGCUUCGCUCCCGUUGUGCCCGUGUUGUGGCGUACCUUUAGAUGUACCGUUCUGUGCAAAAACCGUUCCACAAAACUAACCUACUAACAAAUCUCUAUCACCUUAUAUCACCUGCACUAUGUACUAUCACCACCGGGAGAGGAUCUGCGCUGCGAUAUGUAAGAGGGGAGAAUAUAUCCCCUAUCCUACCUAGAGAAACUGCAACUACGCUUUAAUUUAAGGACGAUCAGCUUACUAACUCGUAACUCGUAACACACUAUAUUUACAUCGUAACGCGCGUAUACCAUUAAUAAAAAAGAAAAUGUCAUUUUUCAUCGAUCGAUCGAGCAAUCCACAUUCCCCGAGUUCCCAAUUCCCAUUUCACCGUCAAUCCAUCCAUCCAUAUGCGUUGGUCAUAUCUCGUCUCAUAUCGCUUUGCGUGCCCGAUAGUGCUGCAUUCCAGUUGUGCAUUCCUCUUUUUUUUUACUUCCGAUUGUGGGCGAUGACGUUCUUAUCAGCCUUCGCCAAGUAAUGAAAUUCCGUUCGGUAACAAACCGGUGCGAAGGGCACAACGAUGCAAACCGCCUAGAAAUAUUUGGUGAAGAUUGAGAGCGUUUUUGUUCCCAGACUUCCGGGUACGAUGGGAUGGUUUGCGGAGGCUAUCCAGACUUUGCCCUUUGUCCCUUUUUGUUGGACAAACAAUUUCGGGCAUACAGUCGGCAAACGGCAAGGCUGCGGAAUGGAAUGUUUUUUUGUUUUGUUUUCCUUUUUCUGUUUUGUUUUUGUUCAAAUCAUUUUUCGUAUUUUGUUUUUCACUCUCAAAAGCAAAAAGAACUCAUUUGCUCUUCUUCAUACAAUAGACUAAAACAACACGAAACUUACAAUUCCCUACACCGAAGCAAUACAAAUCCAUCUCUUCCAGUCUGUACAACCCGUUUUCUAAGUAAACAGCCCAUGUUUUUAAUGGUUUUAUAAGCAUAAUUAACCCGUACAAUAUUGUGCGUCAUUUUCAUUCUUCCGUCGCUAAAAACUGCCCUAAA